GGCACUCGGGAUAGGUGGGAGAGCCUGGCACGGCUGCAGAGACACAUACACGCGCACACUCGUGCGGAAGCAGAGGAGCGCCGGGUGAUACGGUUCCUAUAAAUCUGUGCUGUAGUCCACCUCCCAUUUAAGGCGACCUCCCCCCUUCAGCCUGUUCUCAGAUAAGAGAUGCUGCAGCUUACUUCGAUUGGGAGCUGCUAGAAAGAAGGAGGAAGAGAGAGGGAGGCUGUAUUUUAAGAAACCCUCCUUUUCAUCCCUUCUUUCCUUUGUUCUUACCUUUUAUUUCUCCUCCCCUCCCCCCUUUUUUUGUUUAGUUGUGUUGUAACAGGAAACCAUUCGAUUUUGCCACGCUCCUUUUUUUUUUAAGUUCCCCCUUUCUUUUUUUUAACCCCCCCUCCCAAUUUCUUUUCGUGUUCUGGGAGUGGAAAAAAAAAAGAAGCUUUGAUUUAAAAAAAAAUCCUCCAUUUUUAAAAAAAUCUUCUGUUUGCAACUGUCCGCAAUUUAGGUUUUGGGUGUUGUCUUGAGACCUACCCAUUUGAUUUUUUUUUUUUUAAAUUGGGAGACCUUACAGUAUUACCUUUUUUUAAAAAAAAAAAAACCUGAAGCGAAAAAAGCAGAACGUUCCAUAUGCUCCAGUUACAACUCUGAGCAGGAUUUUUGAGACUGACUUGCAUUUCUGUAUGUACCACUCACUUCCAAUCUUGAAUCUGCAAACAUAACCAAUUAAAAGACGGCAACUCCAAACUAACAUGGCAGUCAGACUGUGUGAUGUGGCUUCUCUGCUUAGAAGUGGUUCGUGGGCAGCAGAGCCUUGGACUGGGCAGGUAAUUGCUGCCAUGGAAACACAACUGUCUAAUGGGCCAACUUGCAAUAACACAGCCAAUGGCCCUACUACCAUAAACAACAACUGCUCAUCACCAGUUGAUUCUGGGAACACAGAGGACAGCAAAACCAAUUUAAUAGUCAACUAUCUCCCUCAGAAUAUGACACAAGAAGAGCUCAAAAGUCUGUUUGGGAGCAUUGGUGAAAUAGAAUCCUGCAAACUUGUAAGGGACAAAAUCACAGGACAGAGUUUGGGAUAUGGAUUUGUGAAUUACAUUGACCCUAAGGAUGCUGAAAAGGCAAUCAAUACUCUGAACGGAUUGAGACUUCAAACCAAAACUAUAAAAGUUUCUUAUGCACGGCCAAGCUCAGCUUCUAUUAGAGAUGCAAACCUGUACGUCAGUGGUCUCCCAAAAACUAUGACUCAGAAAGAGCUAGAACAGCUGUUUUCCCAAUAUGGACGUAUUAUUACUUCCCGCAUUCUCGUUGACCAAGUCACUGGAAUGACGAAAGAAAUCUGCUUCUCAAAAAACAAGGUUUUCUAUGAUGGAGUUUCAAGAGGUGUGGGGUUUAUCCGGUUUGACAAGCGGAUUGAAGCUGAAGAAGCCAUCAAGGGCUUGAAUGGGCAGAAACCUCCCGGGGCCACGGAGCCCAUCACUGUAAAGUUUGCCAACAAUCCAAGCCAAAAAACAAAUCAGGCCAUCCUCUCCCAGCUGUACCAGUCUCCAAAUAGGAGGUAUCCAGGACCUCUUGCUCAGCAGGCUCAACGUUUUAGGUUGGACAAUCUGCUCAAUAUGGCUUAUGGAGUAAAGAGCAGGUUUUCUCCAAUGACCAUUGAUGGAAUGACCAGUUUGGCUGGGAUCAAUAUCCCAGGACACGCGGGAACCGGAUGGUGCAUUUUUGUGUACAAUUUAGCUCCUGAUGCAGACGAGAGCAUCCUGUGGCAAAUGUUCGGACCCUUCGGAGCCGUGACAAACGUGAAGGUUAUCCGCGACUUCAACACAAACAAGUGCAAAGGUUUUGGAUUUGUGACUAUGACAAACUAUGACGAGGCCGCCAUGGCAAUAGCCAGCCUGAAUGGAUACCGCCUUGGAGACAGAGUCUUGCAGGUUUCCUUUAAAACAAACAAAACGCACAAAGCCUAAUGAGGUGUCCUCAGCCCAAUUUAUAUUUGAAAACUAUUCGACAAAGGCAAGUUAAAAGAAACUUUAUACAUUAGUAAAUGUCUUUGUAAGUCAGUGUUGAGAUGGGGGAAUAACAGACUAGCAUCCUAAGAAAUAUUGCGAGAUUUUUUAUUGCUAGUAUUUGAAUUAAACUUCUUAAAUAUCUUAUGUUUGAAAUAUGGACAAGAGGUACAGGGUUUUUACCUGUCACAAUGCAUUCUAUUGCCUUCUUUGAAGAAGGUGGACCUUUUAAAAAAUGUUUGAGCUAAGGGAAGAAAUUUUCUUUUACACGACUGCCUUGAACCUGUGAGUAGAUAUUAAGGCUUUGUGUUAAAAUUCCUGAGUUAGUUAACUUUAUGUUGUGUUUGAGUUACACUUUAAUGCCUUGCUGUUUAGUCUGUUCAAGAAGUGUUUUGAAGUUUACAUUUUUAUUUAUAAAGUUUAAGAAUAUUUAUUUUGUAAUUAUGAUUUGGGUUGGGGAAGGGGGGUGGUGCAUUAUAAAAGCCUAUUGUAAGAUUAAUGGAGAACUUUUCGUAAAGCUGUACCUUGCCAAAGAGAUAAGAGCCUCUUUGAUGUGGGUUUAAAAAAAAAACAAAGCAUCUAUUUUUAUAAAAAAGAGAAAAUUUGGAGAAACUUUUUACAGGUCCUGGAACAAAUAUUUUGACUUGAAUACUUUGAGAAAUCUCUUCAUAUGACACCUAGUGAGCUUUUAAAACUUACCAGGAAAUUUGCAGUGGUUGGGGGAAAAGACUUUAGAGCGAUUUAUGAUGUAGAAAUUCUUUAAGAGAUCUUUGUUACUCAAGAAAUGGAAUCACUGGGAGAAAGCACUGCUGGUUUUGGUUUUGUAAUCGUUGGUGCAAUCUCUGAACAUCCUGGUUACUAUGUGAUAGAUGGCUCACAUUAAACUUGUGAUUUUGAAACAGAAGAAAAUUUAAAAGUAUAUAAGAGCAGGCAAGAAAUUUAAAUUAACUGAGAUGGGGGAAAAAUCUGUUCUUCCUAUAGAAUUCCCUUCAGAUAGAGCUCACGGUGUUUAGUGAUGUACUUGCAGUAUUGUUUGAAGAAUUGUUUUGUCUUAAAGAAAAAAAAAAGAUGUUUGCACAUGGUUUGCAUAGUGGCAGACCAGGAAAAAAACAGUCUUGCAUUGGAUAUAUUUGAAGGUAUUUUGAAAGUUAUGUUCAAGGCUAACACCUGAGCUUUGUGUAAUGUAAAUAAGAUCUUUUGUUGAUGAACCUCUUUUCAGCUAAUACUUCGAGUUUUCUUCUGGUUUUUUAUUUUCUUUACUUAACAUGCCAAGUGAUGUUCAACUGUUUUUGUAUUUUUUUUUCUUUGUAAAUGGCAUUAAGAUUGUUACUUGAGGUCUGCUUAUUCAUUUUUGUUGUCCUGAGGACUUGAAUUUACAGUGGAUCAGAUACGUUGCAAAUUUUGUCUGUAGAUAGUCUAGCUUCAGCUGUUUAUGGUGAUGCUACUUUUUUUGUUUAUAAAUAUGUUUGUGGUAAAAAAAAUGAGUAUAACCAUAGGUUUUGAACAAAUUCCUUACAUUUUUCAUACCAGAAUCAUAAAUACCUGUAUGCUAUUGAAAUUUAACUUUGUAUGAUGCUUAAAAUCACUUAUUUGGGGAAAUAAUAAAGUCUUUACCAUGUAUGGAAGAAAUUUAAGGUCAAAAAGUACAAAUAUUUUCUGAUUAGCAUCUAGCUUAUAAUAAAUUUUUAAAAAGCUGAAGGCUGCUGUGCCUUCACCGGGAUGCCCUGACAACUAUAUAGUUACGUCCUGCUUUUUGUAUAAACUGAGAUGCUCACAUGCUUCCCCUUAGAACAAGCAAUGUGCUAUGCAUAACAUACUUGUACAUGAUCUUUGCAGUUGCUUUUUUUGAUUAUUUCUUUUUUUUUUAAAAAAAUCGUAGUUAUAAAUUUUCAGUAUAGUACAGUACAUAAAACUGUUGGAAGAAGAGUGUUAAAGUGAAAGCGAUUGUUCAUGCUAGACGCAUUCAAUGCUAUUCAAAUCGAUUGACUUUCUGAAAGACGUUCACUUGAGGUGCGAUGAGCAAUUGUUCUGUACUAACACAAACACUCUGCUUUGGAAAAGAACAAUAGUAAUAACAACAACAAUAAAGAGAUCCGUUCUGGGGAGGUGGGGGGAACGUAACUAUACUCUGCUACUAUAUUCUACGGUAGCAAGAUCAAAGCAUUGGUGAGGAAGGCAUGUCUAUCAGGCUUCACUUUACACUGUUUAACAGAGCACUUAAUAAAAUGUAAGGCUGGUAUUUAUUUGAAGUUGUACAGUAUGACUUAAUUCACAUCUGUUGGAGUAGAAAAAUAUAUUCUGUUGAGUAUUUAAAAGAGGCUGUACAUGUUUUCUUUUGUGUUUGGAUCCUUUGUACUUUUUCAUGUUCAGUACAUCAAUAAACAAAAGUUGAAGGGAAAGAA